UGUUUAAUGUUUAGUUUAGAUAAACACGUUCUAUAGACAUAAUCUAUUGUUUGAAGAUAUAUGAAUUAUUGAAUAACAAUUAAAAAACAAUGGCGGAUUUGAAUAACGAAAUGAAUCGGAAUUUGAGACACAAGUGCUUGAAUUUACCAACAGGAAAGAAGUAUUAUUUUUAUAUCGUAGCUGCCGAGGACGAUCGUGAACAAGUUGAGGAAAUUAUCAUCUUACUAAAAGAACGUUUCCACUUGAAAUGUUUAUAUGAUGUAGUUAGUUGAUUGUUACCCUGGUGUGGACAAGUUUAAUUUCAUGAAAGCGGGAAUGAAAGAGUCAGUAAAAAUUGUAUUAUUUCUGUCAUAGCGCUUUACAAACGACGAAUGGUGUAGUUAUCAACAAAAGAUUGCUUUAGCCGCAUCAUUCGAUGAGAAAAUUCCAUGUAUAGUUCCAGUUAUUCUUGAAGAUGUUGGCGAAGAAACAUUCUCUCUUCUUUCAUUUCUGACGUUUAUUAAUGCAAGAUGUGUCGAUGCAGCUGGGGUAGCCAGUAAAAUAGCAGAAUCCGUAGAGAGUUUGGAUUUGAGUAAGAGCAUGUUUCCACUAGAAUUCACGAACGUUAUAGCCAGAUUUGAAAAUGGGUACAGUGUUGAAAUUCCUGUCGAGAAAGACAAACUUCGAUUUAACAGACCUGCAAAGCGUAAGUUUCGCGUAAACAGAAAGUUACUUACAGAGCUAACAAAUAGUCAAAUGAAGGUUUCUGAAGGGCUUUUGCGCGAUGUUGUACAAUUAGUAAAUAGUGAUCCUGUGAUGAAGACCUACGACUUCUUGAAGAAAAGAAAUAUAGCUUGGUGGGGAAGUGUUUUACUUAUACCAUUGUUUUUAUUAUUGGCCACACUGGUUGCGUUAAUUGUACUAGUAGCCACUUCAACUAGAGACCGGCGGCUAGAUACCGUUGACUUUCCUUUCGUAUAUGUGCUGAUUAUGUUAGUGGGGACUGCUUUUGAAUUCAAUUCAACAAUAGCGGUCAUAAUGGUUUUGGCUGUUCCAAGAUAUUACCACCGAGAAAAGAUAGACAUAGACCUCCAGAUGAAAAUAUGCAGCCAGUUUUUAAGAAGAUGCAUCAGUAAUGACGUCAUCAUUGUUUUCUCGGGACGAAAGAAUCGCGAACCAAGCCUUCAAGUGGUCAGAUACAAUUUUAGCAAAUGUCAGGACUAUUUGGAAUAUUUUAUCCAAGAACGCCGCCAACUUUUACUAGCAGAUAUGAACAUCACCCCAAAGGAAUACGCUUUGAAUAUGAUUGAAAUUCAUACUGCCGAAAUAUCAAAAGUCAUGACCUUAAAUUACGACGACCUGCCUGAUGCAUCACAGAACCGACAUACCCUUAGAAAAGGAAAAGAAUGUCUCUGUCAAAGAAUAGAAAGAUGUCUCUCACAAGUCGAAAGAACAAACAUCAUUUGACAUUGCUUGUAAAAUGUUUAUUUUGGCUAGAGUGUGUUCGAAAAGACAGAACAGGCAAAUGUGCUCAUAAAGACGUUAUAACACUUGUGAAAUAAAAACAUCGCUUUCAUUUAAAUAUAGUUCAUAUAUAAGAAAUUUAAAAAAAACACAAGGAAACGGUCAUGGUAUAUGUAAAAGUUAUUUUAUUACAAUGAGUGAUAUACAAUAACUAUUAUGGAUCAAAUCACGCCGAUGCAGUCCAUUGUUUUCCUGAUAGAUGUAAGAAUAUGUAUUCACUUCUAAACAUUCAUUUGUCAGUGUAUCAGAUACCGUUGUAAAGUAAGUUACCAAAACAGAUUUUUUUGGUUUUCACAUUACUGUAAGAUAUUUUAUUUAGUAUUUAGGUAAAGUUCAGACACAAAGAACAAAUUUUCUUAAAUAUACAUGUUUAUUUUUUAAAUACUUGUACAGCAAAGGAUGCAAUAUCAAACAACAACGCACGCCAAACUGAUGCCUGAUUCCGUUUAGUUAUGCACUUUUACAGUGCAUAUAAAGACAUUUUCAGCUUGCCGUAUUGAAAGACAACAUGUGCUAUGCAAAAAAAAUUUAUAUCAGUUAUACAGAUCUUUGACAACAUUGUGUAUGUACAUUUAUUUGUAUAUAAAGCAUUUGUAAAAGAAUGUUGAUUCGUUUUAAACAACAUGUUAAAGUCUAAUCGGCGCUGUAAAGGCCAUAUGGUAACUUUUUUCCAGCUUUACUAGUGAAGGUAGACCUCAGGUGCCCAUCUGUGUGUUAAUUUAAUUAGAUCGGGCUGACGAUAAAAUAAGAGUGGUUCCUUAAAAUCCUUUUUCAGCUUCUUUUUAUUAAUAGAACGUCACCUUAAUCAUCCCAGUCCUGUCACUUUUCCCGUGAGAAGUUUUUAGGUUUACUAGACAAGACAAAUAUGAACGAUCACAGAAGAAAAAUCGCCUUUUAGCAACACUUCUACUUCGGAGUUAAAAGUUAGUUAAUGGGUAAAAGUAACCACGCUUAUUUCAUCCAGCAUUUAUCUAUAAUUAUUUCUUUUCUUAUUGUAUAAAUGUUUAAAUUAUACACAAACAAAUAUUCAUUAUACCGAAAACAUUUUGAAUGUUCGAAUAUAUCUUGUCUUUCCUAUUCAGGCUAUUCUACAGACAAUCUGACUGAACAAGCGUGGUGUAUCCCUCUGACUCUAUACCCCGUUUGUAACACAUACACCUUAUUACAUUGUGCCUUUUUGGAGAGGACACAACUAUAUCUAUGUUGCAUUACAUAAUAUAAAUAAGGUAGUAGUUACAAAAAACAAACAACCAAAGCAUAAUUACAUGCUGU